UACUAAUAUUCAUUCAUUCUAUAGAUUUUUUUUAGCAUCUUCUGUGGGUCAUUCAUUAUGCUAAUGAAGGGAAUGCAGUAAACUAGAAAACAAACAAAAGCAAGUCAAAGUCCUUGUGGAGAUUAUCUUGGUUCAGUGCAAAUUAUUGUGUUUUGUGUAUCAAUGAUUUUCUUUCACUUCUAAAGUGUUUGUGUUUUUCUAAGCUGGUCUUUAAUUUAAAAAGUGCUAAAAGCUGACAUGGCACUUCCCUUGGUGCCUGACUUUCCUUUAUACUGUGGUCAUUUCCAGCCACCCCUCUGGUCUUACUAUUCGUGAGACUUUUGUUUGCUUGGAUUUUGGGGAUUUUUUUUGUUUUGGUUUGUUACUGUUGGUUUAUUUUUUAUUUUUUUAAUUGAUUUGUAGUGAAAUACCUAGUAGUUCUAAGUUGGUAGAUAGUUAAGAAAUUGAGCUAUUUAUCAUGGUAUAACCUAUAGUAUAACCUAUAGCCUUUGGUAUAACCUUGUACAAGACAGCAUAAUUUUUAAAGUGGGACUGAGACUGAUUUGCUUUGUUCUGAUCUUUGGAGGUUGAUAAUGUUUUAAAAAUUAUCUUAUACUAUAGAAAUAAGUACUUUAUAAGUUAAAUCUAAGUAGUUUUCUCAUGUGUGUAUGUUACUUAUAUAGGGUUUCCCUGUACUAAGUCUUUUCAUUGAGAUUGUUUUAUAUGUAUGUUGGGCUCUUUAGAAAGAAAUCCUUGGAAAAUUGUAUUAGCCUUCAUGAAGAACAGAUAUUAUGAGAAAGCUUAGAAUAAAAUUGUUGUUCAUUGCUAUAUUUGGUUCUUCUUGCCUUAUUUUAUAGGGAAUCUCAAGGAGAGGGAAAACAGAAUUAUUUGAACUCUUUGUUUGAAAAUAACUGUCAGAUUUAGAGUAUACACUAAAACAGGCAUAGCCUUUUAUUGGAAAGUAGAACUUUUUUUUCAAGUUGCUUAUUUUUAAUAACAGAUUUUAAGAUCCUUGGUUAAAAAAAGAAUCUUGCAAUUUUACAGUUGGGACCUUAGAUGUCCUACAGGAAGUACUUGUAUUUUCCCCAUGAAAAGUUAGUACCCGAUGAAAAAAUAACCAAACUGAAAGCAGUCCAGAACAAAGGUGAAGAAAUACCCAUUAACAUGGGCAAAUGAUUAAGUCACAUAUUUUGCUGCCCCUGGUUUUCUGAGCAUUAACACACUGACCUGUGGUUUUAAUUGUUGAACCCUUUUUUAAAAUUCAGUGCUAUCCGUGUGUCUUCUUGUAUUGGAAUCUCUGUUAACUGAAAUUGAAAAUGGCCCUUCAGCUAUGCUAGGUCUAUAAUGGGAAGUGCCACAGUUCGAUAUUUCUGUUAUGGGUGCCUUUUUACAUCCGCGACCUGGACAGUUUUACUUUUCGUUUAUUUCAACUUCAGUGAAGUGACUCAGCCACUUAAGAAUGUGCCCAUCAAGGGGUCUGGGCCCCAUGGACCAUUUCCCAAAAAAUUCUAUCCCCGGUUUACUCGUGGUCCAAAUCGAGUAUUAGAGCCACAGUUCAAAGGAAACAAAAUUGAUGAUGUGAUAGAUGGUCAUAUUGAAGAUCCAGAAAACGGCCAUCUGAAAUUCUCUUCUGAAUUAGGUAUGAUUUUUAAUGAACGCGAUCAGGAGUUGAGAGACUUGGGCUAUCAGAAACACGCCUUUAAUAUGCUUAUCAGUAACCGCUUGGGCUACCAUAGAGAUGUGCCGGACACAAGGAAUGCCGCAUGUAAAGAACAGUCCUACCCGACUGACCUGCCAGUCGCUAGUGUUGUUAUUUGCUUCUACAAUGAGGCGUUUUCCGCCUUGCUCCGGACCGUGCACAGUGUCAUCGACCGCACUCCCACACAGCUUCUUCAUGAAAUCAUCCUCGUGGAUGAUGACAGUGACUUUGAUGAUUUGAAAGGAGAACUAGAUGAAUAUGUUCAUAAACACCUCCCUGGAAAAAUUAAAAUAAUAAGAAAUACAAAGCGUGAGGGGUUGAUUCGAGGAAGAAUGAUCGGAGCAGCCCAUGCGACAGGAGAAGUGCUCGUGUUCCUGGACAGCCACUGUGAGGUGAACGUGAUGUGGCUGCAGCCCUUGCUGGCCGCCAUCCACGAGGACAGGCAGACCGUGGUGUGCCCAGUGAUCGACAUCAUUAGUGCUGACACCCUCGCCUACAGCUCGUCCCCUGUUGUCCGUGGAGGGUUCAACUGGGGGCUGCACUUCAAAUGGGACCUUGUUCCCCUUUCUGAGCUAGGAGGAGCAGAAGGAGCCACUGCCCCCAUAAAGUCACCUACAAUGGCUGGAGGAUUAUUUGCCAUGAACAGACAGUAUUUCCAUGACCUUGGGCAGUACGACAGUGGCAUGGAUAUCUGGGGAGGAGAAAAUUUGGAAAUAUCAUUUCGGAUCUGGAUGUGUGGAGGUAAGCUCUUCAUCAUCCCUUGCUCCAGAGUGGGACACAUUUUCCGAAAAAGACGACCAUAUGGAUCUCCUGAAGGCCAGGACACCAUGACACACAACUCUUUGAGACUGGCACACGUCUGGUUGGAUGAAUACAAGGAGCAGUAUUUUUCCUUAAGACCUGAUCUCAAGACCAAAAGCUAUGGAAAUAUCAGUGAGCGUGUUGAAUUAAGGAAGAAAUUGGGUUGCAAAUCAUUUAAAUGGUAUUUGGAUAACAUUUACCCAGAGAUGCAGAUAUCUGGGCCCCAUGCCAAACCCCAGCAACCCAUUUUUAUCAACAGGGGGCUGAAACGCCCCAAAGUCCUUCAACGUGGAAGGCUCUAUCACCUCCAGACCAACAAGUGUUUGGUGGCCCAGGGACGUCCAAGUCAGAAGGGAAGCCUAGUAGUGCUCAAGGCCUGUGACUAUGGUGACCCAAAUCAGAUCUGGAUUUAUAAUGAAGAGCAUGAAUUGGUUUUAAAUAACCUCCUGUGUCUAGAUAUGUCGGAAACUCGCUCGUCAGACCCACCACGACUCAUGAAGUGCCACGGGUCUGGAGGGUCCCAGCAGUGGACCUUUGGGAAAAAUAAUCGGCUAUACCAGGUGUCAGUUGGACAGUGCCUGAGAGCGGUGGAUCCACUGGGUCAAAAAGGCUCUGUUGCUAUGGCAAUCUGCGAUGGCUCCUCCUCCCAGCAGUGGCAUUUAGAAGGCUAAGGUGGGCGCCAUGGCUGGAAUGGUGGUCCACUGGGCUUUGCUUCCUCUGCAAGCCAGCUUGGGGAGGAUGACCAUCUCCCUGUCCUGCAGAUGCCUGGGCAUGUUGGCAGAUCUGAGACCACAGGUGAAGAAGUAUGUUUCACUACGAUCAUGUCUGAGCUGCUAGUAAAGAAUUUCUUGAUUAUAGAGGGAAACCAGAAUAUAAUUUUAAAGACUCGGGUUUGUACAGAAGGACAAAACCCAGGAAAUGGACAUUUCUAUUCAAAUUUAUGCCUCUUUUAAAAUUUCCUUUAAUGAUGGAAUGGUAUUUAUCUGAUCAGGAACUUGUGAUUGCUUUUCGUAGAAGACUUCAUAGGAGACUUUUUUUUUACUUCUAUCAUUUGUUGAAUAUGUUCUAAAUAGAUAAUUUAAAACAACUGAAUCCACAUUACUUUUAGCUUCAGAAAGGCAUCAUUUAUAAGGCAAUAUUUAAGAGGCAGUUGACUAUUAUAAAUUAUUUUGAUGAAUUAUGAUACUAUCUAUAUUGAAAAUAAAGGAUCCUCUUGAUUAUUUAACUGGGAUCUUUUGUCUUGUA